UCAGUAGGGUAAACUGGCAUUCGAACCCGCGUUCAAAUGUUCCCAGGACCUCUAAGGGACGCAACUCUGCCAUUGCUUAAAACAUGUUUUAAGGAAUUGAGGAAGUAACCUACUUAGCAUUUAUCGCACAGCGUUUGCCAACAGCUGCACAUGUGCAGUGCACAAUUAGAUCAAUGUUCAAGGACGAUUGGGAAAAUUCGCUUUAACCUUGUCGGUGAAUACAGUGGUACAUGUAUAUACAUAGAUAUACCAUUGAAAAGGAAGAGGUUUACAAUAUAUGAUCUGUCCGUGAAGCUAGGAACAUGAGAAGACGACGCGUUGUGGCCACUGUCUCUCUGCUGUCUUUGUUGGCCUCAUUCAUCUCCUGGGCCUCAUUAACAGAUAAUUUGUCAGAUACUACUCUUACAAGUCAGAGGUCCUACACAUGUAAUGCUGAGCCAAUAGUUUGGCUUUUUGUGGACUGUGGCUGUGGACCUCACUUCUAUUUAUGUAUAUAUAAGAAUAUCCCGAUUGGACACUGCCAACUUAAUAAGCUGCCAGCUCAUUGCCACACAGUGUUUUCAGUUGGAAUACUGUGGGGUAAUGAAGUGUCUGAAAAAAGAAACUUCUUGUUCACUGCAUAUGAACGUCAGGAUCAACCCAAAAAGAGCCGUUUGAUUAUAUAUCUGAACACUAUGGACGGCUCUCGAGUGCGACUGGACUGUUGCAUUUUUAUCAGAAACCAAACUCGUUUACGGACACAAACUAAAGAGAUAUACCGAUAUGGAGGAAACGCUCAUUUUCACGCAACAAAGUAUAGCUGUUCAGUCCCCGCAGGCACAGACGUUGUCAGCGUGUCUUUGACGCCUUCUACAUGUAGCAACAACAUGUCCAACUACGUCCCAAUCAGAAAACCUGCUCAAGUGCCUGGUGGCCUGGCCAUUUGUGCGAAGACUAUUUUUGGAGAGGCGUUGAGGCCGCAGCGCUUAGUGGAAUGGAUAGAAAUUCAAAAACUGCUCGGGGUAGAUAAAAUAUUAAUAUUUGAUUUGGACUGUCCGGAAAAUAUCCGGAAGAUCCUAAACUACUAUACACGUCAAGGGAUCGUGGAAGUACAACCCCACAAGUUGCCAGGGAAAAUUGAAGGUGUUCGCUUCCGAGACCUGUCGGGACAUCGUCACAACCACGAUAGUCAGUUCGACAAUGAUGACAACUACCCGUUGAUAGACUGCAGAGAUCGACUGUCCGGCUAUGACUGGGUCAUCAACACCGAUGUGGAUGAAAUUGUACUUCCCAGAAUAAACAUUACUCUGAAAUCCUUCAUUAAGGAUCUGUUUGCUCGGGAACCGCUCGCGGCAGGAUUCUAUUUUUACAUAAUGUUCCACUACACCAGCUGGGGUAAAACAAGGAAUCACUCUUCCGGAAUCGAGCACUUUGACUAUUCCAGAUCUACCCGACCACUUUGGAAUGCGUACAAGUACGCCUACAUUCCUCACAGAGUAAAUGUACCAAUCACUCACAAUGUGGACCCAAAGUCUCCCUUCACAGUUCCUCGAGUGCCUCCAAAAGAAGGGGUCAUUCAUCACGUGCGUCUCUGUGUGCAUCCUGAGAAAGUUUGCUUUCCUCCAGGCUCGCCCAUUGAUGAUUCACUAUUGAGAUUCGAACGCAACCUUCCGCCAAAGGUGAAGCAGGCGAUGAAGGAAAUAGGGUUGCUGUGACCCGAUCUGACUUUGUCAACACACAGUGGAACAACGUCCCUACAGCUCGGUCAAUCCGCCCGUCUGCUCACAUCUAUGGAGGAAAUCUGGGAAAGAGUGCCUUCCGUUCCCCCAUAUGAUUGCCCACUUCUUUCUUCCGCAUGUUAACAGAUGUAACACAGUGUGGUUUGACCCUAUAUAUCGUAAUAUAAUUUGGGCUUUUAGUUAUUUUUGUGAGUUCUCUACUAAUUGUUGUAUUAGGUUUUGUUAAUAAUUUUAGCGUUAAUGCAAGAUUCAUAUAUUUCAUUUAUUCUGUGCACAUUUUCCUCCUGCAGAUAUUUCCACAUAAUUUUGAUUUGCAUAUUUCAUGCAUUAUAAAUGUGUGUGUGUGCGUGCGUGCGUGCGCACGUGCGUGUGCGCAAUUGUUUGAGUGGAAUAAAACUGUGGCGAGAGCACAGUCCACAGUAUUUUCAUAUAGAGUGAGUCAUAUCUCUGAAAGAAUAUUAAUUUUCCCUUUCUUAGAGACACCAAUCAAAUUUACAAGGGUGGUUCAAAACAAUGAGGGUCACAUCCAAAACUGCAUUAACAACUUACGGGUACACAUAUGUAGCGAUACACCUGUAUAAUAGGUUCAAAUGCUGCAUACAGUCAUUCACUGUACAAUGAGAUGAUAAUCAGUCGGUUGAAGAACACUAGUUGCGAUUACAAUGCACAAAGGCUUCAACCUCAUCCCAUCUGUGUGGACCCAGGACACGGUAGAGUUGAGUCCCUUAGACAUCCAGGCUAGAUAUUCUCGAAACGUCCGUAGCCCUACGAACUUCAUAAGCCCAUUCUUAACACAUUGGCCACGAUCAAAGUUACGAAUUCUUAUGGCUACGAACGUUUCGAGAAUAAAAGCGAGACCUUUGAUAGUGAUUUCUAAGGACAUUUUCCCCUGUUAAUGUUUAUUAGUUUAUCAGCACUAAACCCAGUCUCGUCAAUUUCAUGUAUGUCGUAAAAAUCUCAGUCGUCUAACUAACUUUCUCAUUACUGUUUUGCAUCAAACUGAUAUAAAAUAAAAAUCUGUUCAAAACGGGGUCAAACCUAACUUACUCACUAACUAACUCAGCUAACGUGAUCAGUUAACUCUAUCGAUGGAGUGGUUCUACACUCUUCAAAAAAAGAAACGCAUAUGUGAUUUUGAGAACAGUGGACUCAUGUAUCUGUGACAAAAACAAUACAAACAUACUGCUUCUUUCCCCAAAACGUUAACUUUGCGCCAUUGUAAACAGCCUCGGCGCCAAAACGCGGCAAUGUAGAUUUUUUUCUCCUGUCUUAGAAGCGUUUCAAGUAACAUUCGCCAAAACGUCACCAAGAAAACGUGCGAAGUAAAAUGUGGAAAGCAUGCGAUAUCGAUUACUAAAAAAAACAAACGUUGUGUUUAACUUUAUCGUUUUUCCCUGGAAAAGAGGAAAUCAUCAUGCCACGACUGAAUGCCGCCAAUCGAAACUAAAACACAACAAUAGCUGUUUUUGUUUGCGAACUCUUUGUCCAUUAACGUGUGAAUUUUUACCUUUUAACCAUUGAAAUUACAUGAAAUAAUUGCUCUUGAAUUAGCGCAAUAAAUUCUUCUAAAAAU